ACCGAGGUGCAUGACGGGAAAUUCGUUGACAACAACAACUAUGGACGCUUUUGUGUACAUAAUGAUAAAGGAAUCGUUUUAUUCUGUCAAAUUAACACUUUUUGUUGGAUCAUAAAGUUUUAGGCCGAAUUCAACUAGCUGAAAAAUGUCAUUAGAUAAACUUCAGUCGAGCGGUUCCGGUUUAGAUGAUUUCGAUGAUGCGGAAUUAGAAGAACUUUACACAUGGAUUGACACCAUCCCUCUGUCCAGACCAAAGAAAAACAUAUCCAGAGAUUUUUCUGAUGGAGUUCUGGUCUCUGAGAUCAUGCACCAUAAAUUCCCCCAUUUGGUGCAGAAACACAACUACAGCACAGCCAACUCCACCUCCAAAAAGAUGGAGAACUGGUACUACCUGAAUAGGAAGGUGUUUAAGAAAUUUAGAUUUGAGUUGUCGGACACACUUAUUCGGGAUUUAGCAAACGCAAAGCAUGGAACCAUCGAGUUGCUGUUGAGAAUGUUGAAGCGGAGAAUAGAGCGGGCAGAAUGGGAAAUGAAGAGAACCUCUCAGCAGCGGCCACACGGAGGUAGGCGGAAUGAAAACGACCAGCCUGAGGCAGACCAAUACAUGGGUCGUGCCUCAAAGAAACCUAACUUUGUCAACAGAUCUCCAGGGCGAGGUAAAAAGGGAGGCAGCCCCACCAGAGGAGGGUAUUUGACUCGAGUUGCUGAUGACAAGGAAGUGAUUACUCUAGAUAAAUUAGAAAGGUAUGACCAUUACUCAGACAAACCAAAACAGAGAAUCGUCCACAACAUGGCCGAGGCUGAUCAUGUUCCAAGGCUACUGUUUGAGGAAAAGGUGCAGGAAUGUCUGGCCAAGGAUGAGACUAUAAAGAUUUUACAAGCCAAGAUCAGUCGAUUGGAGCAUCUGAUUCACCUGAAGGAUGUGCGAAUUGACGACCUACAGAAUCGUGUCGAGUCCAUGCGGCCCACAGGAAACUUGAAGAGGUGAAAGCAUUGGAGGAAGUGGGCAUGAACUCACAAAAACUGCACUAAACACGAAUACUCAGCAAACAGUAAGGGGGAUUGAUGCAUCAAUGGACAAGACCACAGGAUAACUGCCCUCCACCAAUUCCACGGAUUAAACUUGUCUAACCUAUUAACUAAGAAAUUAAAAUCUGUAAUCAGAAUCAUUAUUUACCGGUAACACGGAAGUAAUCAUCACUUGAUCACAGUUAAUUGUAGAGAGUUCUUCCAUGCUAAUAUCCAGAGUCACAGAACCAUGCAUGUUUAUUCAUUACGUCAUUUUCACUUUCAUUUUAGAACAGAUUUGAUUUUCCAUUAUACAAUUUAAUGUACUGCGGUUUCCUUUUUGAAAAUUAUUAGGGAGCUUAUUUAGCUGAUAGAAUGCAGAUUCAGAGUCUUGUAUUCCAGAAAUUUCAAUAAUUUAACCAGUAUAAAAUGUACUAUCACAUUUUACUUGUCCAAAGGAAUUUUUUGAGGUCAAAACUCUCGGACUGAUAGAUUUUGGAGAUUUUGGAGUUUCUCUUUUUAUAGCUAGGGGAGAAAUGCAGAGUGGAGUUUUAAUGUAGCGUAGUGCUUUAAUGUAAUCAGGGAAAACAGGUCAACUUCUCACAUACCUCACCACUGCACGCCUCCAAACCAAAGAUUACUGUACACACAUUAUUGAUGAGUGUCUACAUAAAACUAAACAGUUCUAGAAGCAGUCGUAGUGAUGUGAAUGCCUUGUGACGUCAUAUUGUCACUGACCAAUCACGUUCAAAUAAAAACGGUCAUAACACUGUUCUCGGCUGCUGCAAUAAGUUGAUCAAAACGUUAUAUAUGUAAAUGAGGUAAAUACAUUACAGAAGCACAUUUUAUUUUUUGAAAAUCACAUGGAAUGAUGUUGGCAGGUGAGCAAAGUGUGCGUUAUUCAUUUGCUCACCACACGUCAUUCAUAUUUAUAAGCAUGAUUUUCAAAUGUGUAUUGUUCAAAUGCUUUUCAAAACUGUUCCGUCCCUUUGUUUGUGAUAUCUUGAUUUACUUAAGCUGACAGCAGACCAUCUUUAAAAUCCGUCCUCCAAAACUCCCUUCUCGUCUUAGAAUUGUUCAAAUGUAUCGACACGUCUUUUGUUAAUUCCAUGUUUUUUGUUUGUACACUGACAGCAUGCACAAAGAUUUUUAUCAUAACUAAUUUUAAUUCUUGAUAUAUAUGUGAUAAUAAAGAAGUUGUUAUUAUUUGU